GAUCAGGGCGUACUUGCCCAAGCGCCUCAUGGUAGUGAGCUGGGUCUAGCCGGCAAUGUUCCUUUGACUGGUGCAUUUGCAAAACCCACUAGCAUAAUACACUCCAAACGGCAACGGAACAACACUCGGGCUCAGCCACUCACCAGCCCUCCACACCGGGCACAACCCAAUUGUGCUCCAGCCCGGGGUGCCCGCUUCUGAGGCAUGCAGUGCCAGCUCAAGCACGGUGCUCGGCCGCAAAGCCAGCGGCCGAACUGGCUGCCCGCUCGCGCUGCUACAUUGCGGCCAGCUGUCCAGCAUGGCGUUCGUCGCGGCCUGACUUUGGGAGUGAAGGCUGCUGCUGCGCCUUUGGAGGAUAAGAAGAUGCCGGCGGACAUGACCACGCGCCAAUAUCGGCGUGUUGUUUAUGACUUCGCGCUGUGGGCGAAGCACCGUGACGUGAACCGUUACCUUUAUAACCUGCGGACUAUUCCAGGGUCCCGUAUCAUACGCCAGCUGAGCCAGCCCAUGGGUGUGGUGCUCGCCUGGGCGGCCCUGUUCGGCUUCUACGAGACCUGCCUUGAGGCGGGCGUGCUGCCCUCCUACCUACCCAAGAUGACGCUCAUGUCUGCCGAGCCGCAGGGCCUGACCUCGUUCGCCCUGUCGCUGCUGCUGGUGUUCCGCACCAACUCCAGCUACGGCCGCUUCGACGAGGCGCGCAAGAUCUGGGGAGGCAUCCUCAACAGGGCGCGCAACAUCGCCAACCAGGCGGUGACCUUCAUACCGGCGGAGGACCAGGCGGGCCGCGAGGCGGUGGGCAAGUGGACCGUGGGCUUCACGCGCGCGCUGCAGGCGCACCUGCAGGAGGACAUUGACCUGCGCAAGGAGCUGGAGAAGGCCACGCCGCGCUGGAGCAAGGAGGAGAUCGACAUGCUGGUCAACGCGCAGCACAGGCCCAUCAAGGCCAUCUCGGUGCUGAGCGAGCUGACGCGGCAGCUCAGCAUCACGCAGUUCCAGGCGCUGCAGAUGCAGGAGAACUGCACUUUCUUCUACGACGCCCUGGGCGGUUGCGAGCGCCUGCUGCGCACACCCAUCCCCGUGUCGUACACGCGGCACACGGCCCGCUUCCUGACCAUCUGGCUGGCCAUGCUGCCGCUGGGGCUGUGGGAGCGCUACCACUGGUCCAUGCUGCCCGUCAUCGCGCUCAUCGGCUUCCUGCUGCUGGGCAUUGACGAGAUCGGGAUCAGCAUUGAGGAGCCGUUCGGCAUCCUGCCGCUGGACGCCAUCUGCGGCCGCGCCCAGACCGACGUCAACAGCCUGCUGAAGGAGGACCCCGCAGUCAUGAAGUACGUGGACGACGUGCGCUCAGGCCGGGUCAAGUCGCCGCCGCCGCUGCCGCCCGCGCCCGCCGCGCCGGCGGCGGCGGCGGCCGCCGCUGCCGCGGCGGCGCGCAGUGUCAGCCCCCAGCCCGACGUGGCGAAGACGCUGGGCUCGCUCUUCACCAACGUGCGCGCCGGCGUGGGCGCCGUGGCGCCAGGCGCGCCGCUCAUGCCCCAGGCGCCGGUGCGCUCGCCCUCGCCCACCCGCUCCGUCUCCCCCAGCUUCCCGCGCGCCUCCGCCGGCACCGGCAUGCCGCCGCCGGUGGGCAUGAACGGCGCCACCCCCCGCGUGGCCGCGGCGCCGCCAACGCCACCGCCCGUGUCCCGGCCUGCGGCGCCCGCUGCAGCCCCCGCCGCCGGCUCCGGAUUCACCAUGCCCAACUUCAGCGCCAGCCUCAGUGGCCUGACUGGCGGCGCCGCCGCCGCCGCCAAGUCGGCGGCUGACGCCGCCUCCUCCAAGCUGACCAAGAUGGCGGACUCCAUGUCUUCCGGCGCCGCCGCGCCGGCGCCGCCCGCCGCCCCCGCUCGGCCCAGCACCAGCCCCAGGCCCAGUGCCAGCAGCCCCAUCAGCAGUAGCGCUGACGCAGACCGCAGCGACAGCAGCCGCCGCCCCGUCAACUGGCGGGACGAGCUGCAGUCGCUCAAGGCCACGCGCGAGCCCAACGGUAACGGUAACGGCUCCGGGGUCGCGCCCGCCGCCGGCCGUGCGGACGCGGAUGAGGAGGCACUGCGGCGGUUCGGCAACCUGGCGGGCCGCUCGCGUAGCGGCAACGGCGGCGGCGGCAGCAGCGACACGGAGCUCUCAGAGGCCAACCGCCCGCGCACUCGGCCCGACUGGCGCAACCAGCUGUAAGUUGUAAGCUUCAACGACCGGAUGCAAACGGAUUCAACAGUCGAUGGGUGUCGGUGCUGGGAUAUGGAGGGUGUCGGUUGGGCUUCUGACUGGGUGUAUUGGCAGUCGCGCCCGAUUGGCGCGGCUGUGGUAUGAGCGUGAGAGAGAAAGAGAGCAGGUGUGUGGGAAGCGGUGGGGGUUGCGCAUUGCGCCGCGUGGGGGCGCAGCAAGGGGUACGGGGUAAGAGCAGGCACAGAGUACGGGAUAGGAGCAGGCACAGCGGCUGUUGGAUCGUAGGGUAAUGCCACCAGUAACAUCAGCGCAGGUGGCGGCGGCACAGAGCAGGCGGGUAACGACGGCCGUGCAGUUGACGGCAUUUUAUAUCCUGAGGCACUAAGGUCGUGAAUAACGGCUGCGCCCCAAAUUGCAGACUCCGGCGCGGAUCGGCGCGGGGUUCAGGUUUUGAGCAAUAGUAGUCGAGGGGUGCUGCCCACCAACCCGGCGUCCGUUUUUAGGGCUUUCAAGGCUGGGUAGUGAGCCCGCGGGUAGGUCAGCUGUGCAUUCCCCUGGAGAGAAGAUUAUCAGGAAGAUUAUGCAAGGUUCUAUUUAUACACUUUUGGAUUUCGAAUACGGAUCCUGUCGCGUGUCGGAUUUAUCUGGCGUUGGCGGCGACGCUUCGUGACGCCCCCCAUCCAUGCUCGUCUGGAGGGGUGUAAUUCGUCUUUGCCGGACCGCUGGGCAGCCACCCACAUGGUGUUGCACGGCGCACUUGGGGCACAUCUUAAAGGGGGCGGUGGCCUGUGGCCAACUGUGGCUUGCAGGGAUGGCUGAGGAGCGAUCCGGCGGCCACACACACCAGGCCCAGGCGCACUUGAUAAGCCGGCCACCACCAAAGUUGCAGCGUUCUUUGGGCGGGCAUGAUUGCAUGAAGGCAGGGGGGCCUUGGGAGGGGGCGGUGCGCCCGCGUGGAGCAUGCGUGUGCGUAAGCGCGGCUGGGCGCCGUGUUCGGGUGCAAGACAGCAAGACUGCAAGUGUGCAAGACUGCAGCUCUUGCAGGCGUGGCGUGUGCGGCCUUGUGCGGCGCCCUAUUCCCAGAGACCCAGACCAACCCAGAGCCGGCUGCCAGGAUGUGUGCAAUGAGCUGAACCUUACCAGAGCUCAGACUCAGAAACGGCUGCAUUACCUUCAUACUUAGUUGCUGCAAAGUGGCACGCCGAGUCGGCGACAAGUACCAUGGACACAACGUACCUGAUGCCUGACCGCCUGCUACCGAAGCUAGCAGGACGCUUAGGACAAAGGGACAUGUUGCGUUCAGGCCAUAUUAUACGCAGCGCAUCGGACGUACGGUUCUCU